AUGUCUGCUACCUAUGCGACGCAUCCCAUCAGUGCUAGUCCCCUCGACAACCCGAUUGAUCAGUCUUUCCCACUUACCUUCCUCGACACCUCACCCCCCGCCUUUUUCGACACCUUCUCCGACACCUUCCUCCCCGUUCAGCUGGAUGCCCUCUUUGAGCCCAGCUCUAGUUCCAAUUCCAAUUCCAACAGCCCGAACCAGCCUCCGCCCCUGGAUAUGUCAGUGUAUACUGCUGCUUCGGGGGCUGAGUCAUCUCACCGGUCCUCGCCGAAUGACAAUACUCAGGACCCAGAGGUAGCCACUCCAUACACCGACAAGAUCCUUCGUCGUCAGCGAAACACGAUUGCUGCCCGCAAGUACAGACAAAAGAAGGUUGAUCGCAUCGACGAACUUGAAUCAAUGCUGAAGGAGAUGACUCGGGAGAGGGACGAUUUACGAAUUCGUCUCGCUCGUCAAGAGGCUGAGACCGAAGCGCUCAAGAGUGUUAUGGGCAAGGAAACUAAGUAG